UGCGAAUAGUUGCUUUUCGGGCAUUAUACAAGAAAAAAAACGCUGAGUUGUUCAAAACAGCGCGACUUCAAACUUGGUCAAUGCUUGUCGCUGCAUUUCUUUGACACCACCCGUGGGCUCUAUAUAAACCCACUUGGUUGCUGCACUCAACAUCGCAGUUCGCUUUUAGCCAAGUUCAGCCAACAAUCAACAUGAAAUUCAUUGUGCUCGCCGCCCUUGCCUGCCUGUUGGCCGCAUCCGUUGUUGCCGACAAGGAGGAGAAGAUGCUGGGAUCUGCUUAUGGUGGUGGUGGCUAUGGCCAACCUGCUGCUGCGCCUGCUGCACCAUCUUAUUCGGCACCGGCUGCACCAUCUUAUGCCGCACCUGCUGCACCAUCCUACUCCGCGCCAGCACCAGUCUCUAUACCGGCACCGCCGUGCCCCAAGAACUACCUGUUCAGCUGCCAGCCUAACUUGGCCCCAGUGCCGUGCAGCGCCCCAGCGCCCAGCUAUGGAUCUGCCGGUGCCUACUCCCACUACGCGCCGGUCUUUUCGUCCCGCCCAAUGUAUUAGUAAUGGGAGGAUUACAAAACAUUUAUCCGGACAUUUAUGAAAACAACA